UAUACACCACUAUACGUCUUCGCAGCUCUGUCUGUGAUUACAGUAAAUAGACCUUUAAAUGAACUUCCUUCAGCGCUGAGCAGAGGGACUUUAUGUCAUGCGUCGAUCGGUCUGAACGCACAUUAGGAGGGUUUGGACAUCAGACAUGAAUGUGGAUAUUCUUGAAAGCCGCAUUUCUAAAAUUCCUUUAAAGGCUGCUUGAAUAUUUUACUACAUGAUAACAGUUUGCAAGAUUUCUGCGGUUGAACACAUCGGGAAGGCUUGACUCUCCAAGGAUAAUUGACAGCUAUGCUUCUGUACAUUUUCGGAUUGGUGGUCCUGUAUUACACCGUGAGAUGGUACAGGGAGCUGGAUCGAGUUCCAGACAGAGGGAAUAAAUACGUUUUUAUCACCGGGUGCGAUUCUGGUUUCGGAGAGCUCCUCGCGCGCCAUCUGGAUAAGCGUGGAUUUUGCGUCGUGGCAGCGUGCUUGACAGAGAAGGGAGAGGAGGAGCUGAAAAAGUCGUGUUCAUCUCGAGUGUCUACCAUCCAUCUGAAUGUCACAAACUAUGAGAGCAUCGAAAAAGCAUCCAGGUUUAUUAAAAAUCUGGUUGGUGAGAAGGGUUUAUGGGCUUUGGUGAACAAUGCUGGUAUAGCUGUAGCAUCAGCGCCUGCUGAUUGGCUGACACUGCAAGACUAUAAAGCCACACUGGAUGUUAACCUUUAUGGUGUUAUUGGUGUGACCCUAAGCGUUCUGCCACUUAUAAAAAAAGCCAGAGGUCGUGUGGUGAACGUAUCAAGCGUGGUUGGAAGAAUCAGUCCUUCCAGUGGACCCUACUGUGUGUCUAAAUAUGGUGUGGAGGCAUUCAAUGACUCUCUCAGGAGGAACAUGUAUCACUUUGGUGUGAAAGUUUCGUGCAUUGAACCAGGAUUCUUCAAAACCCAAGUGGCAAACAUGGACGUCCAUUUCAGGGGUAUGGAGAAGCGAUGGGAAAGGUUGCCGGUGGAGGUCAAAGAGGAAUAUGGAGAUGAUUAUAUUCAUAAAGUUGAAAAUGUGAUGAAGAAGUACUCCAAGACACUAGACGGUGAUCUGAUGAAAGUGGUGAACUGUAUGGAGCACGCCGUCUCGGCUGUCCGUCCCCGUACCCGUUAUUCUCCAGGGUGGGAUGCAAAGUUCUUCUGGUUGCCUCUUUCUUACCUCCCCACCUGCAUCUCUGACUACCUGCUGCGCGAUAAAGCUAUGAGAUCAGCCAAAUGAAUCCCUCAACCAACUAGCAACAUGGUCAGCGGUGCUAUUUUACAUAACAUGCACUAUUUUUCGAGACUUUUUUUGAUGGCAUCCCGGGUAUAACUUGGCACAAAGAUGACUUCUCUCAAACAUUAACUGGUUUAAAUAUAAGUAGAGGUGCACAUUAUUUUGACUUCAUGCUGUCGGGAUUAGUCACACUUACAAACAAGUUUAAACGCGUUGCCUUGAAAAUGCACUAAUAUUCACGCCUUAGUUUGCCGUAUUCACCUAAGCUUGAAUUCCAAUAACACAUUGCAAUAAUCAAGAGUACAUUUUAAUUUGAGUUUGUCUAGAUUAUAACUAAUACAGUAGUUUCAUAGACCUGAUAUAAGGACAUUAAAAGAAGAUGUCAAGGUUUAGUUAUUACAAGCCUGAGAACAUGCUAAAAUCUUGUAUAAAAAAGGUAAACAAUUUCAUUUUUAUAACCUAACCACACAGGUACAUAAUGAUCCUAUUUUAUCACUGACCUAGUGACAUGCAUUUGAAUACACUGAAGGUUUUUAUUGAUCCAGAGGUCAUAUUGCAUGGAAAUACAUGUACAGGUACAUUAUUUAUGCAUUGGUUGGUAUAUCAGGAGUAUAAUAAAAUCAUGGACUACUUAUCAAAUGUAAAUGUUACAUUUCAAAUUGUUUUAUUGUUUUACUGUUAUGUUGUAAAGUAACCAAGUUAAAAUUGCACCACAUUCUGGUUUGCUGUGCAAUGCAAUGGCGACACCAUGUAUUGUAACUAUGGAUGAUGAAGCUCAUGAUUGUAAAGGACUAAUGUUAUUAAUAAAUCGAAUAAACCUAGAAAUAAUUAAGUGUUGUAAAAUAA